UGUGUGUGUGUUGUCACACACGAACAGGGGUUGUGGCCUCGCUGACUGGGCUCAGCUGAGAGAACACAGAGAACAGCCCGGUCCUGUAGGUGUAGCCCGUUUCACGUUCACCUCCUUCUCCAGAUGACGUGACCUACCGGAAUCCGGAGCUUUGAAGACAAACAGCACGAGCGCACGGGACGGGACAAAACGAAGACGCGUGUCCAUAUGGAGCGACUCGCCUGAGUUUGCUCGGAGACACGUUCCUUCGGACGCUCGCGCUUGCGACUCGACAUGUUCACGCGCGGCUCGAAAAAGCGCCGCUCGAACCGUUCGGAAGAAGAUCCUGACCGAGGUCAGCCCUGUAUGCGAUGUGGAGAACAGUGUCCUGGUUUGCGCAUGCACGGCUGGAGGAAGAUCUGUGUGCAUUGUAAGUGUGUACGUGAAGAGCAUGCGGUGCGCUCUGUGCCUGGGCAACUGGAGAAGAUGAUGACGAAGCUAGUGUCCGACUUUCAGAGGCACUCCAUCUCGGACGAUGACUCGGGAUGUGCCUCGGAGGAGUACGCCUGGGUGCCGCCUGGUCUCAAGCCUGAACAGGUAUAUCAGUACUUCAGCUGUAUUCCUGAGGACAAGGUGCCCUAUGUGAACAGCCCAGGAGAAAGAUAUCGCAUUAAACAGCUUCUCCAUCAGCUUCCGGCCCAUGACAGUGAGCCGCAGUACUGUAACUCCCUGGAUGAGGAGGAGAAAAAGGAGCUUCGCUCAUUCAGUCAGCAGAGGAAGAGAGAGAACCUAGGCCGCGGCAAUGUGCGCCUCUUCCCUGUCACCAUGACCGGAGCCAUCUGCCAACAGUGUGGGAGGCAGAUUUAUGGAGGUGAUAUAGCCGUGUUUGCCUCCCGUGCGGGUCACGGCACCUGCUGGCACCCUCAGUGCUUCCAGUGUGCCACCUGCAGCGAGCUGCUAGUCGACCUUAUCUACUUUUACCAGGAUGGCCAUAUCUACUGCGGGCGUCACCAUGCCGAGCGCAUCAAACCACGCUGUCAGGCAUGUGACGAGAUCAUUCUGGCAGAUGAGUGCACGGAGGCUGAGGGUCGCCACUGGCACAUGAGGCACUUCUGCUGCUUUGAGUGCGAGACGGCGCUUGGUGGUCAGCGCUACAUCAUGAGAGAGAGCCGGCCCUACUGCUGUACCUGCUACGAGUCUCUGUACGCCGAGUACUGCGACACCUGCGGAGAGCACAUCGGUAUUGAUCAGGGGCAGAUGACAUACGAGGGGCAGCACUGGCACGCAUCCGAGGCAUGUUUCUGCUGCGCUCGCUGUCAGUUGCCCUUGCUGGGCAGACCCUUCCUUCCCCGCAGGGGGCUCAUCUAUUGUUCCCGACCCUGUUCUCUGGGGGAAGACCCCGAUAACUCGGACUCCUGUGACUCCGCUCUGCAUUGCAAAAUGACCUCACACAAACUCGUACACCAGCAGCGUGAAGAGCGUAGUUCACCUCUGCUGCCACCAGAGGGCAGCAAUCUUACCACUGCGCCUGCAAAACUUUCUACUGCAACCACAUCAACAUCUUUAUCAGAAAGCAGAGGUGUGAACACUUCACCUUUCCACUUACAAAAUGGCCGCACUUCACCUCCACCUUACGGACAAACCCGGUCUCAAAGCUCACGUUCCACUAGCGUGGCAAACGGUUGGGGGCCAUUCCCAAACGAAGACAAAUCCAACACGGAUGAACAUUCAGGGCUGGAGUACACGGUGGAGCUGAACGGAUACGCUGAAUUCGGGCCUUUUCCUCCCAGCUGUACCUCCAGAGGAACCUCGACAGCAAAGGACACUGGUAGAAUGGAGGGCAGCUCAGGAAAUCUUCCUCAGCCCAACUGUACACCUGAGAUCGACUCCCUAGAAGAUGCAGACUUUUUCCCACCACCUCCACCCCCUGUGUUUAUCGGCCCAGAUGAUUUUCCAAUCCUGCCCCCACCAGAUGAGCCCCACCCCUCUCCGCCCCCACCCCAAUUUGGGCGAAGCAGCACAGCCAGGGUCAGCUUUAGGGAGCCAAUCAGCUCCAGCUAUUCAAUGGAGGAGGAGGAGGAGGAGGAAGUGGAAGUGGGGGUUGAACUGGACAAGAAAGAGAAAGAUGAGCAGGAGGAAGUGGAAGCUGAAGCUCAUGGAGGCUCAGGACACAAACUGCUUUCUCAAACUGGGAUGCCACCUCAGAUGGACCUUUUAGAUGGCUUGUACCACCGCAGUUUUCAAAAAGGGUACAGAAGCCCACCUGGCCGAAGUCGCUUGGCCUCGGACUCCCCCCUACACUUUGGAACGGAGAAACACUUUCGUCGCUCAAGACGCGACAGACCUCGUCUAGAUUCUCUGGAGUGGAGAGGAGGAGAGAGAGAGCACACUGCACGCCCACCCUCCAUCACUUCUCCCGGAGAUGGAAAUUCCCGUUUGACUCUACACUCCACGCACUACAGACACGAGGACUCCUGCUCGACCUGCUCGUCCUCCUCUGACUCUGAAGAAGAGGGCUUCUUCCUUGGCCAGCGAAUUCCUGUUCCUCCUCAGCUGACAGGGGAGAAAGAGAGGGAGGCAGAGACAGAGGGAAAAAGCAAAAGAGGGAGCCUGAGGAGGAGGAGAACACAAAGUCUCAGUGCGAAAGACAAAGACAAGGACAAAAACUGCAUAUUGUCUUGAGAAAAAUAACAAUUCAGAUUCUUGCUUUUGUUGAGGAAGUGAACUUAAACGUUUCGGGCAUUUUGUUGGAGGGAAGCAGCAUCGAGUCCGGUCUGUGGUCAAAGUUUAAAGUAGAUUUUCCUGAUCUUUCCUGCUCAAACACGUCUGCUUUAAAAACUAGUAACAGAGAUUCAAGUGCAUUCUUCCCCAAGAUGUUUCCACAAUGAUGAAAGCACACAAGUGUAUAGAAUGUCAUUGGAAGGAGUAGAAUAAAAAUGUCCUUACAUUGAAACUAAGAGACCCAAACCUGUUCCACCAUGUCAAUUCCCCUGUACACAAAGUCAGAGCUCCAUAAAGGUAUGGGUUAAAAGAUGUAAUUGAAUUUACAUGGGUUGUGAAAAGAGCUUUGACCUCAAGACUUUUGAACACCUUUGGAAUAAAUUGGAACACUAACUGCAUCCCAGGCCUCCUCACCCUACAUCAGUACAAAUCACCCCAGAACAUCUACUGGAACAUCUUCACAGAAGAGUGCAGGGUAUUAUAACAGCAAAUGGGACUGGAUUUUUCAAAAAACACAUUCAAGUUGUAUGGUCAGGUGUCUCCAAACUUUUAUCCAUAUAGUGUUUGAGCCUAUCCAGAUGAAAACUAAUGCCUGAUUGAUAAAUUGUAAUAUUCAUAUAGGAAUGUUUUCACAGAAAGUUUAAAUUUCAUCACUUCCUCUGUUGUCAUGACUUGUUUGUUAAUGCUAAAUGAAACAGGAGCAGUAAAAGAAAAGCUUCGAGGUCCAAAUUUCUGAGACCACUGAAUUAUUUUAUUUUUUAUUCUUUUGCAUUUUUCUCUGAUUUAAUAAAAAUAAGUGUAUGAAAAACUACCCAUUAAUCAAAUACACCUCACUGUAUCACAAAUACAAGUCACUGUCAAAUUCUUUCUUUAUUGGAAGUGGUGAGUCUGAAAGUAAAUCUGACCCUUUGUACAGAAAUAUAUAGUAACCAGGAAAUUCAAGAAUGUUUUAAUAAUGAUGAAAAAAAAAUGCCUUCUAUUUAUAUUCCAUAUUUAAAUUGAAGAAAAACCCACCCUAUAUAUCAGUUCUCUUUACUCCAGUGUAACAUCAGACUGUCAGUUUAGUUUUCUGUAAAAUCUUGUUUGCCACACUGAUGCCUACUGCACACAUUCGGGUUAUGUUCAUGUUUGCCAGCAGAUUUGUUUAGGGAUGUACAGUAUUAGUAACAUUUUUCAACAUUCUAGCCUACGUUGUCUGCCAGAAAGGGUUUGUUUGAACAGGAAAAUCAUAGCAUAGCAUUUACACACUGUUAGAACCAGACUCUGUUGUUCAAGAUUCUAGAAAAUGCUGUGAUCGACAUGAGGGCCUGUAAUAAUCGAAAUAAGGUAUUUAGAAUACAGAAAAUCUUUUACUGAAGCACUUUUUUUACACCGAUAUGUAUGUUAAUUAUUAUUAUUUUUUUUUUUAGAACUGAUGAAUAUUUGGUGUUGCAUUUAUGGCCACAUACUUUGAAAUAUUUCAAGGCAAGCAAAUGUUUCCCACACCCUGAACCUAGUGUGUGAAAUGGCUUAUUUUCUAAGACAAAUAAAGAAGAUUGCGAUCUCAAGCACAUAGUUUUCUAAUUGAAAGCAAAUGCUCAAGGAUGCAUGGAGAGAGAAAGCCACCAGUCUUGAAUGUUCUGGAAACAUACCGUGUGGCAUGUGGGAUGAAUGGGUUUUGCUUUGAGUUUAAGAUCUGAUCGUUGAUGACAUGAACGUAAACAUGGAAAUGAUAACUCUUGCUUGUAUUUGGUUCCAGUCAAAACUUGACAGUAUUUAUAAGGUGCUUUUUAGAGACAAUAAACCCUGUGACUUUUUAGCUGCACAAGAGCUCUCAGUAGUUAAAACCUCUCUUCAUUCUGAACAAUAAUACACAACAGAAAUGCAUAUACGUUCCGAACCUUGUUUAUCCGUUUGAACGAUAUGAUGGAGCAUUGAAAGACACUGUAAACUACAAUUGGACUUGUUCUAUACACGCUGGGUGACGGUGCCGCUUUUGUGCCCCUGUAAAAAUAGCUUUAGAUAGGUUUUUUUUACGCUUUUUUUUUAAAUAAAAAAAUACAAGUUUAUUUCAAGUAACCCUUUUUUUUGCAUAGGUAAAAAUAAACCACUUGAACAUUCA